CCCGGGUCUUAACGCCGCCGCUCUGUUGACAGCAAAGGCGGGCAGGACGCGACGCAGCCACGCUCGGCUACUGCGGCGGUUGGCGGCUCUCGCGCCGGCUGUGCUCUCCCCGCCCUGCUUGCAUUUUUUUUCUCUUUUGCGGGCGCCUUAAAUAGGAGAGGCCGGGCGCUGCCGCUGCAGAAAGGCCUGGAGGCGAGUGGCGAAGGGAAAGCAGAUUCUCACUGUUUCCAAUGCUGCAAGAAACCGCAAUGCAAGCUCAUGAACUGUUCAGGCAUCUGAGAAUGCCGGAACUUGGCGACGUCAGGCAGUACGUGCGCACCCUUCCAACGAACACACUAAUGGGGUUUGGUGCUUUCGCAGCACUUACAACUUACUGGUAUGCCACAAGACCUAAAGCUCUGAAACCACCAUGUGACUUAGCCAUGCAGUCUGUGGAAGUGGAGGCAGAGAAUGGUGAACAUGCCCGGAGGUCCUCAUUACUUGACCAUGACGAACCAAUGGUGUGCUACUAUGAUGACGUGAGAACAGCCUAUGAUAUUUUCCAAAGAGGAUUACAUGCGUCAAACAAUGGUCCCUGUUUGGGUGUAAGAAAACCAAAUCAGCCAUAUGAAUGGAUCUCAUACAAGGAGGCUGCAGACAGAGCAGAAUGUGUUGGCUCAGCACUUCUCAACAGAGGCUUCAAACCAUCACCUGAUCAAUUCAUAGGAAUCUUUUCACAGAACCGGCCUGAGUGGGUCAUCAUUGAACAAGGAUGCUACACUUACUCCAUGGUGGCUGUGCCACUUUAUGACACACUGGGAGCCGACUCGAUCACCUAUAUUGUAAACAAAGCUGACAUAGCGCUAGUUUUUUGUGAUAAACCUGACAAGGCAAAACUUCUGCUGGAUAGCACUGAGAAGGGAGAUCUGUCAGUCCUCAAAACCAUCGUGAUCAUGGAUCCUUUUGACAGUGAUCUUGUGGCUCGUGGAAAGAAGUGUGGAGUGGAUAUCGUUAGCAUGAAAGAGAUUGAGGCAUCGGGAAAAGCCCACAGACACAAACCCGUACUUCCCAAACCAGAAGAUCUAGCCAUAGUCUGUUUCACCAGUGGAACCACAGGGAACCCCAAGGGAGCAAUGAUCACCCACCGAAACAUAGUGAGCAACAUGUCUGGAUUUGUGAAGGCUACAGAGAAAGCGGUUUUUCCUUGUCCAGAAGAUACCUUAAUCUCUUUCUUGCCCCUGGCUCACAUGUUUGAGAGAGUUGUGGAGUGUGUGAUUCUCUGUCAUGGAGCUCGAAUAGGAUUUUUCCAGGGAGACAUCAGGCUACUUAUGGAUGACUUGAAAACUUUGCAGCCUACAGUGUUCCCUGUUGUGCCCAGGCUGCUGAACAGAAUGUUUGAUAAAAUUUUUGGACAAGCAAAUACUUCAUUUAAGCGGUGGAUACUGGAUUUUGCUUCCAAGAGGAAAGAGGCAGAACUUAGAAGUGGCAUCAUUAGAAAUAAUAGCCUAUGGGAUAAAAUGAUAUUCCGCAAAAUACAGGCAAACCUUGGCGGAAAAGUGCGACUAAUGAUUACAGGGGCAGCUCCUGUUUCUGCAAAUGUGCUGACUUUCCUAAGAGCAGCUCUUGGUUGUCAGUUCUAUGAAGGCUAUGGGCAGACGGAAUGCACCGCUGGAUGUUCUCUGACAGUGCCCGGUGACUGGACUGCUGGUCAUGUCGGUUCCCCAAUGCCUUGCAAUAUCAUAAAGCUUGUUGAUGUGGAGGAAAUGAACUAUUUUGCUGCCAAAGGAGAAGGUGAGGUUUGUGUCAAAGGACCGAACGUGUUCCAAGGCUAUCUGAAGGAUCCAGAAAAGACCGCAGAAGUUCUUGACAAAGAUGGAUGGGUUCACACUGGAGAUAUUGGGAAGUGGUUACCCAAUGGUACCUUGAAGAUAAUUGACAGGAAAAAACAUAUAUUCAAACUUGCUCAGGGAGAGUAUAUCGCACCAGAAAAAAUAGAAAAUGUUUAUACCAGGAGUGAACCUGUUGCUCAGAUCUUUGUGCACGGGGAAAGCUUGCAGGCAUUUCUUAUAGCCGUUGUGGUACCAGAUCCAGAGGUUUUAUGCAGCUGGGCCAAGAAAAGGGGACUUUCAGGCUCCUACGACGAACUAUGCAAAAACAAAGAUGUAAGAAAAUACAUUCUAGAAGACAUAUUGAAAGUUGGAAAAGAGUUUGGCUUGAAGUCAUUUGAACAGGUUAAAGGCAUUUCCCUUCACUCUGAAAUGUUCUCUAUCGAGAAUGGCUUGUUGACACCAACCCUGAAGGCGAAGAGACCAGAGCUUCGCAAAUACUUCCGAGCCCAGAUAGAAGAACUCUAUGCGAACAUCCAGAUGUAAAUUGAAGCAAAACUGUCGGGAGAGAACGGCAUUUGCUGUUUGACCUUCAUAUCUGUAAAUUGACUGCAGCAAACAUAGCAAAAGGAAACUGUGCAAUCAUUAACUUUUUCCCGCAAAAGGGUACUCGACAUAGGAAUCCUGGAGAAAAAUGGAACACUGCCUUACUGUCCACUGGUGUUGCAGACCAUUUUUAUAUGGUGACAUACAAACUUCCUCAAUGAGCCUUAAACUGUAAAUGGUAUCUAUAUGUGAUUUGUAAGUUAUUUAAGACUUUCUCAGCCAAAAAAGUGACUUGCCAAGGCAUGUGAAAGGGAUGUGUGCUGCUGGCGCACGUGUUGUCUCUAGUGUAUUGUACACCUGGUGAAUUUUCCAAAGGUUUGGCCUUUGAAGGCUUUUUAGGGUAGCGCGGGGAGGGAGCGCCAAAAACACAAGGAGUUUUGCUUGCUUACGUUUGCUGUAGAACGUGGGUAGGAUAGUUGGCUCCCCAGUAGAUUAGCUGGAAACUUUUUUAGUUCCUGGGCACCGAAUGCAUCUUGACACAUGAUGAGCAGAUAGUGUAGAACCAGCCUGUGCGUCUUUGAUCUUCUCUGAAAGUCUAGAUGAAAAGCACCAGUGCAACAUAAGGAAAAUGUCUUCAGGACCUCCAAAGAUAGGAUGUGGCAACAGCAUGCUGUAGAACGAGGACAAGGUUGAUGGGAUGGCAGUGAUCUGGAGCGAGCGGUCUCCCUCGGUCUUUGCUACCCACUAGAUUGCUCCUGCUAGACAUUGAUCAUCUUAACAUGCUGGCCUUUGUACAAACUUAGCUUUUGUCUUGCAUCCAUUGAACAUAGGAGGACGGAGGGAGUAAAUGUAACUUCAUUGGAAUGAAUGGAAUCAAAGUGAAUCUUGGAUCAACUAUAGUGUAAAAAAAGGGAAACCACCAGAAGCAAAUAGGACACGGGUUAACAUGGGACAGUGCAGGGGAAGGUGGAAGGCUUCAUCACCGAGCGUCUACAUUUAUUUGGAGGGGGAUGGAAUUGAAAUGCCUUGUAAUAACCCAAGCUUAGAUUUAUUUUCCACAUAGCGGUCAUUAAUUUCUGUUAAAUGUAUGUAAACAAGCACAACUACAAGUUUGCACUAAAGAUUGUGUGAUUGUAAUGCACUACCCUGCAUCAUAAUUUCAUACACGUGUACCCAAAUUGCACACCAGUAUCCAAGCCAAUACUCCCAGAGUAUUCCGUCAUUUGUUACAUUGGAGUUGAAAUGUUUGCUUAGUGUUGGCUAUUUCUAUAUUUUAUAAAAACCAAAAUUUCCAAAAACCAAUGAAGGAAACCAAAAUAAAUAUUUCUGCAUUUAAUUGAAUUAAA